AUGACUCAAAUCGAUGCGCCUGCCAUGUCUCAAAUGGCCGAUCCUACGCUACAAUGCAGGCCCAGCGGAGAAGUUGACGAUAAAAUUCGCGGUAGAGGUCAAAGCCGCGUCUCGUUGAAACCCACAGAAGAUGAAGGGGAACUCUCGCAGGGAGAAUUUGGAGACGGACAUACAUCUGGCGAUGAUGGUCCCUCGCGGAAACGGAGGAGAAGUCGCAAAGGUCUGGACAAAAAGUUUGAAUGUCCUUCGGAAAACUGUGGGAAGAGCUACUCUAGGGCCGAACAUCUGCAUCGAGACCGGCAUACUGCGAAAGGUUCUCAAUUACACAGAAAAGAUUCGAUGUUGAGUCAAGGGUCUCCAGUGUCGCAGAUACCAAAGCCACAGUCACUCCACGGGUCCACGUCUCCUGAAGUCAUGAGACCAAGUCUAAUUGGGCCCAAAACACGGACAACUCAGAUACAAUACCAGUCUCCACUAGAUAUCCGUCCUACCUCGUUUUCGCCAGUGACUAACCCAGCAUCUGGAACCUAUGCAGGUGCUAUUACAACUAAUGGCGCAGAUGGGUAUCAAUCAGUCAAUUACAAGCGACCCGAUGCUGAAAUAAUCUCCGGGGGCCAGAUUGCAUCAUCUGCUGGUUCUAGUAGCAGAGAUCAACGACAUCAAAGCUUUGGGACUCCUGAUGCUAAGUCGGCGGAGUUCUCGAGACCGCUGCAAACCACCACUAGCCAUUAUGGUAUGCUACCGACAGCCUCGAUCAAUCAGAACUACCGUGGUAAUCAACCACACAGCCCGCAGGCAUAUAUAAGUCACCAAAAUUUUCCUCCGUUUAGCUUACCACCGCCAGGAUUCGCGAAUGUGGCUGCAAACGCGAUUCCCACCCGUGAACCUAAGCCUGAGCCACCGUUCCAUACUCCAGUUUCGACUGAGUAUUCUCAUGAUACCAGCCAAGCUCAACAAUCGGGUCCAGACAUGAUGCUUUUAGAUCAAAUGGCUGUUUCAUACACAAUACCCGUGUUUGGUGGCGAAGGAUGCUAUAAUCGAUCCCCUUUCGCGAUGCCUGAAGAUAUUUGGGCAUAUCUUUUUAGCAAUCAACAAAACGACAUAGGUCAAAUGAAUCAACAACCCUAUGCAAACAGCUACCCUGAUGCCACAGGUCAGUAUUAUGGCCCACACUUCACUAAUGAAAAUGGUCUUGAGGGCUUCUAUCCUCCAACUGCUCACCAAUCCCACCACCCUAUGGCUGUGACGAGCCUACUUGAUACCAGCUUGCCAGAGACAGUUUUAUCCGAAGAAAAGAGCCAAGCCAUAAUUGACUUGAUCAAGGAGAGAUUCAACGGAACUGGAAAUACGUCCGUUAUUAAGCAGAAGGGAUCUCUUCUUGAAGGGGACCGUAGUGAUGAAAAGCAUAUGAUGAGUAGAAAAAUGAUGCAAGCAUACAUCGCCAGUUACUGGCAGCAUUUUAGCGACCAGAUGCCAAUAUUACACAAACCAACAUUUUCUCCGGAUAAGACACAAAACCUCCUUUUGAUUGCAAUGAUGGCCAUAGGUGCCUCCUGUCUUGGCAACCAGCACACCUUUGAAGUGACACAAGCUGGCGCCGAAUUGUCAAAUUUCCUAGCAUGGCAUCUCAGAUGGGAAAUAUUUAGCGACCACCAAUUUCGUCCCCCGGCCAAACUAUGGGUGUUCCAGGCUCUUUUGUUGCUAGAACUUUUUGAAAAAAUGUACUCGACCAGAGCACUUCACGAAAGAGCUCACAUCCACCACGCAACCACCAUCACGUUGAUGCGUCGUGGUAGCUCAUUAACAGGCCGUUAUGCAUUGGAUUCACCCCCGAGUGUAAGAGAUGAUAAACAAGGAUACAGUGAUUCACGUCAGUCGCCAAUCUCAGGAGCCCAUACCCCUAACGAGUGGUGGAACCACUGGAUUACAAAUGAAGCCACAAGACGUGCUGCAUUUGCAGCCUUUGUUAUAGACUCUACACACGCAACAAUGUUCGGACAUUCUACCGACAUGGUCGCACACGAGAUGCGCAUCCCAUUGCCUUGCGAUGAAGCCAUGUGGACUGCCACAAGUAGUGCCGAAUUUGGUAGAUUGGAGUCAAACCUCCAAGUGAAUGGUAUGAAAUCUAUAUCGUUUUUGGAAGGUCUUAGAAGGACUCUUCAUGCGCAGGAAGUGCGGACAAACUCUUUUGGUCGUACAAUAUUAAUGGCAGGCCUUUUGAGUGUUAGCUGGCAUAUGAAUCAACGUGAUUUACAGGUCAGCUCAUUGGGUGUAUCGCCUGCACUAGGUAACCGGGACAAGUGGAGAUCAUCCUUGAAUAAAGCAUUUGACCAUUGGGAUCAAGAUUUCGACGCAUCUCUGUUGCGACAAUCUGAAACAAUGACAGGACCAUAUGGCUACACCGGCAAGGAAAAUAAUGUUGUCUACCAAUCCAGGAUAGUGCUGCAUCACCUCGCACACAUGGCGAUGCAUGUUGACGUUGUUGACUGUCAAAUACUUGCUCGAGCAAAACGUCUUCUUGGCCGCGCGAUCGGGUCACAGGACUUAAGUAGUGUUCAAAGAAAAAUGAGUGAUAUUUGGGCACCAACUGCCAAGGCUAGAGACGCCACCUAUAAUGCUAUCAAAUUUCUCUGCACAGUCCUACUUCCCAAAGAAUCCGCCUCGGUUUCCCAUGGCUACGAUCACGUACAUCCGGAUCCACCAUUCGACUACUCCGCCCGCGAUGAUAUGCUUCUUAACCGACCAUGGGUAUUGUAUUUCGCUGCUCUGAUUGUAUGGUGCUACGGCUUUGCCCUCGAAGGGUCGAUCACUGGCCCGGUGCCCGCUCUUCACUCAUUCGACGAUCAAGUCCUUGAUAUGCGAGUCUAUCUACGACGAUUUGGCUCGGUCGAUGAUCCUGCGAAAUUGAUAUUCUUAACUGGGUUCAACAAAUGUACUGGAUUGCUCAUGGUUCUUCGGACCCUUUUCAAGAAUACGCGAUGGGAACUCUUGCAUGAAGCUGCAUUAUUGUUAACAAAUUGUAUCGAUCUUGUGGGUGGCCAGCCACAUCCACCAUCCCGUGGGCUGUGA